AUGGAAUGCGAUAGUGAUAUCUCGAAAAUGAAUCCAGGGCCACCCAGUUAUCCUAUGGCAUCAUUAUAUGUCGGAGAUUUACACUCCGAUAUUACUGAAGCCAUGUUGUUUGAAAAAUUUUCAACCGUUGGUCCUGUUCUAUCUAUCCGAGUUUGUCGGGACAUGAUAACUCGCAGAUCUUUAGGCUACGCUUACGUAAAUUUUCAGCAACCUGGCGAUGCUGAAAGAGCUUUAGAAGGUAUGAAUUUUGAUAUGAUAAAAGGUAGACCAAUUAGAAUUAUGUGGUCUCAACGUGAUCCAUCUUUACGCAAGUCAGGUGUUGGAAAUGUGUUCAUUAAAAAUUUAGACAAGACAAUUGAUAACAAAGCUAUGUAUGAUACUUUUUCCGCUUUUGGUAAUAUUCUGAGUUGUAAAGUUGCUCAAGAUGAAACUGGUGCCUCAAAAGGUUAUGGAUUUGUCCAUUUUGAAACUGAAGAAGCUGCUAACAAAUCAAUUGAAAAAGUGAAUGGAAUGCUGCUAAAUGGCAAAAAAGUAUAUGUAGGCAGAUUUAUUCCUCGCAAAGAACGUGAAAAGGAACUCGGUGAAAAGGCAAAAUUGUUCACAAAUGUCUAUGUAAAGAAUUUUGGUGAAGAUUUUAGUGAUGAAAUGCUAAAAGAUAUGUUUGAAAAAUAUGGCCGCAUCACUAGUCAUAAAGUGAUGUAUAAGGAAGAUGGGAGUUCCAGAGGUUUUGGUUUUGUUGCAUUUGAAGACCCUGAUGCUGCUGAAAGAGCUUGCAUGGAGCUAAAUGGCAAAGAACUUGUAGAAGGCAAACCAUUGUAUGUAGGACGUGCUCAAAAGAAAGCUGAGCGGCAAAAAGAAUUGAAGCGUAAAUUUGAACAGUUGAAAUCUGAACGCUUGACUCGUUAUCAAGGUGUUAACUUAUAUGUGAAGAAUUUAGAUGAUACUAUUGAUGAUGAACGCCUCCGCAAGGAAUUUGCACCAUUUGGCACAAUUACUUCAGCAAAGGUGAUGCUUGAGGAUGGCCGCAGUAAAGGGUUUGGGUUUGUAUGCUUUUCUUCUCCUGAAGAAGCUACUAAGGCAGUGACUGAAAUGAAUGGCCGGAUAGUUGGAACAAAACCAUUGUAUGUAGCAUUGGCACAGCGUAAAGAAGACCGUAAAGCACAUUUAACAUCGCAGUAUAUGCAACGUAUGGCAAGUAUGCGUAUGCAGCAAAUGGGUCAGAUAUUCCAACCUGGCAGUGCAGGAGGUUAUUUCGUACCCACUAUUCCUCCCACUCAACGUUUCUAUGGUCCAGCCCAAAUGACACAAAUAAGACCUUCACCUCGUUGGACUGCACAGCCAGCAGUUAGGCCAAGUACUCAAAGCGCUGCAUCAGCUUAUCCCAACAUGCAGCCACCAUUCCGUCCUGCUCCACGCGGACCUGCUCAAGCAGCACUGCGUUCAUCGAUGGGAGCUAGACCUAUAACAGGACAACAAGGUGUUGCUACAGCUGCUUCGAUUCGUGCUCCAAUUGUGCCUCAAUCUGGACGUCCUGCUGGCUAUAAAUACACUGCUAACAUGCGCAAUCCACCUGCUCCACAACCAGCAGUACAUAUCCAAGGUCAAGAACCGUUAACUACCACCAUGUUAGCUGCAGCACCCUUACAGGAACAGAAGCAAAUGCUAGGUGAAAGACUGUUCCCGCUUAUUCAAAGAAUGCAUCCUGAUUUGGCUGGGAAAAUUACUGGAAUGCUUUUGGAAAUUGACAACUCAGAAUUGCUUCAUAUGUUGGAGCAUGGAGAGUCACUUAAAGCAAAAGUUGACGAGGCUGUUGCUGUUUUGCAAGCUCACCAAGCUAAACAGCAAGCCACCAAAAAAGAU